AUGACCACUCGCAAGGAAUACAUUUACAAGAUCGCCAAUGGCGUCUCGGUAGCUGCUGAUGUUUACUUCAGAAAGGCCGUUACUUCUUCCAAGCUUCCUAUAGGCCAUCUCUCUUUGUUACGAUCCCAUCUUCUGACGCCCCGAGCCGCAGCUUUGCACUUUCACGGCGGGAACUUCACGAUCGGUUCAAAGGAAAUGCUACCGCACAGCCAGUCAGAGAAACUCCUGGACUUGGGCUUCGUGGUUGUUUCCGCCAACUAUCGGCUUGCUCCCACCAUCACCGUCUUCGAUGGGCCAGUCAAAGAUGCGUUGGACGCUUAUAAGUGGUCGCAGAACAAGUUACCGGAAUUGCUCCUGAACGAUGCUGGCUUAGAUAUUGAUGGCUCCAGCAUUGUGACAUUUGGGCACUCCUGUGGUGGCACUCUGGCGCUCCUUAUGGCUAGCUCAGCCCAUCCGCCUCGCGCUAUUCUCGAUAUCUACGGCAUUAAAUACUUCACGGACAAGGCCUUCCAUACCGCCUUACCUGCGCCGCCGGGUGCUCCCAAAAUCGAUCAAGAUUUCGUGAGCCAGAUAUGGAAAGACACCCCUCCCCCAACCACAGCCCCUCCUCCGGUAGGACCGUCCGGGCCUGAAUUCUCCAACUACCGCGUUGCGUGGAUGUUUGACCAAUUGGGCAAGGGGACACAACUGAAGACGGUCGUUGGGGACGACAACUAUGACCGCGUGGACCCAGCUUACCAGUUUUCCAAGGCUCGCUUCCCUCCCACAUUUUUUAUCCAUGGUACUGAGGACAGGCUGGUGCCCGCGAAGCUCUCACAACAGGCACAUGCUGAGCUCGAGAGCCAUGGAGUAGAGACUGAACUGGUACUUGUAGAUGGGGGACAGCACGGUUUUGACGAGAGGGCACAGCUUGGGGAUAGUGAAUUUGGUCUACUGGAAAAAGGGUUUCAUUUCCUCAAAGCCCACGUCUGA